AUGGCGAAGACAGAAGGACGUCUAGGGUCGUCGGCCCUGGACGAUAUGGUCAUGGGGACAAAUAACAGCAGCAUUGCCUCCAAACGCAGUGUUGAACGACUGUAUUAUGGAAAUGAGCCUUCUUUCUUCCGCUACUUUGUCCCAAAGUUCCAAAGGAGAGCCCCUCUCAUUAAUAGAGGAUAUUGGCUUCGUCUUCGGGCGAUUGAUGUCAUUGUGCAGAGAUUUUUGGCCAAAGAGACGACCGGGAAAAAGGUUAUUAUCAACCUUGGCUGUGGGAGAGACCUGGGCAACGAUGCCCUCUUCAUCGACAUCGACUACCCUGAUCUCAUCCAGAAGAAACGAGCUAUCGUUUUACAAACUCCGGAACUGCGACCUCUUCUUGGAGAUGACUUCACUCUUGGGUGUGAUCUUCGUCAACUCGACCACCUACGCGAUGUCCUGAAAACGGUUGUUGAUCUACCUGAGUGUGCUAUUCUCUUUGUGGCCGAAGUUUCAAUUACUUAUAUGGACACCUGGUCUACCGAUUCUUUAAUCCAAUGGGCAAGCACUGUUGGCCGAGAAAAUGAUUUCUGUCUUUUGGAGCAGAUACUGCCUUUCGAGAAGAACCAUCCAUUUGCUCAACAGAUGGUCAGUCAUUUUGAGAAGCUGAGCACUCCUUUGCGCUCUAUUGAAGUAUAUCCUACAGUGAAGAGCCAAACUAGCCGGUUUCAAGAACGUGGAUGGGCUUUUGUAGAAAUAAAGGACCUAUGGCAGACAUGGUCGAGUGACCAGUUCAUUAGCGACUCAGAACGAAUUGCCCUUGAUGACGUCGAACCCUUCGAUGAAUGGGAGGAAUUUAUACUCUUCGCACGGCAUUAUUUUGUCCUCCAUGCUUCUACUGGUCACAAUCAGCCUUCUUCAUUGCAAGAUCCCCCCUCGACCUGGAGCAUUGGCCAGAAGGCACCCACAGGGUUACAUGUUGAACUAGUAGGCAAAUCUUCCCCGAAAACGACCAGACGGCGAUUUGGAAAUGCCAUGAUAUCUAGCAAUGCAUUCGGACAACGAUUCGCCCUGAAUUUGCUAGGGAUGAGUCUCAACAGCAGAGAACCCACUUACGAUAUCUUUUCUCUCGAAGGCGAAUCGCAGGCCCCUCAGCUGCCUUCUUCUGGCCCGCCUGCUCGGAUGUGCUUCACUUUGACAGACCUGGGAGAUUAUGGCAUCAUGCAUUCUGCGGUUCGACUGGGGAAUUCGUCACUUCUCCUGAUUUUCGGAGGCAAGAAGAGUUCAUCGAAAUUGUCAGACGAAAUCUUUCUAUUUAACCCUGACAAAGCUUGCUGGCAAAGUUGCCAGGUCGUAGGAUCUGCUCCCGAUCCCUGUUUCGGAUCAAUUGCUUUCAAUGGAAUCUCUCCUUCAGACCAGCCGGGGACUUUCCGUGGAAUGCUGGCUGGAGGUAUAUCUCAAAAUGGCCGCAUCAAUACCAAGCUGUACAGGUGGCAAAUAAAUGCCUUUGAUCUCCAACCAACCAUUUCAUUCUCUCCUCUCCCAGAUACCUUCUCAGAUGGACAACUCCUCUCUUCUUUUGGCGCUCAAGUUGUUCAUUUAGGGGCCUCCGUAAUAAUAUGCGGUGGAAUGGGUGCAGACCCUCUCCUACAUGGGCAGACUAUCGCAGCUAUAAAGCCUUCUGUCGACGGAAUAGAGGUCACAAACUUUGCAACUCCAAGCGAUGACAAGCGCAUGCCAUUUAUGAUUGGAUCGUCAGUUAUACCCUAUAAUGAUUCCCUGUUGGUGAUGGGUGGGGGAGCGACUUGCUUCUCCAUGGGAACUUUUUGGGAGACGGCUAUUUACAAAGUUCAUAUGCCCGAUCAUAUACUGGAUUCUAUUUAUCGCACGUCACGCCAUUGUGCUUCGUCCAAAUCUGCCCCUGACUUCAUUGGGAGUCGCAAAUUCUCAAAUAUUUCUGCUACUACAAUUUCGGAUGAUGCUGGAAGCUUAUAUCGAGGAGAGCAUGGGAUUCAAGUCACGCCUGUACCUCGGAUACAGCUUGAGUCGGCUGAGCAGUUCCAGAAGAUCCUACGUGACGGGAAACCCGUCAUUUUCAAGAGCUGCAAUAUAGGGCACUGCCAAAGCAAAUGGUCUCCCGAGUUUUUGGUGAGCCAGAUUGGUGCAAAUGAGAAGUUUGUUAUACACGAAUCCCAUGAAGACAAGGGAACAAUGGAUUUCAAUAGCAAAAAUUUUGCGUAUGUCACAGACUCAUUCGGAAGCAUCAUGGACAAAUUACAGUCUGGGGCUAGAGUUUACCUACGAGCGUUGUCGCGCAAUAAACCAUCCGAAGCGCCAGCCAAACUGGAAGAAGAUUUCCCAUGUUUGGCAGAAGACUUUACGCUACCGCCCGAAAUGGCCUAUAUCAAGGAUCGUCUUUUCAGUUCAGUCUUGAGAUUGGCUGGACGAGUGAAUAUGUGGUUGCACUAUGAUGUUAUGGCAAACGUUUAUGCGCAGGUGACGGGGGUUAGAAAAAUGAUCUUAUUCCCACCUAGCGACGUAAAACAUUUGUCUUUCGCACCUGGUGCUUCCAGCUCUAGUAUAGACGUUUUCAAUGGGCUGGGGUCUUCAGCGGCCUCGCUUCACGGGACGCAUCCUCAAGAGGCAGAGAUUCACCCGGGCGACAUCUUAUUGCUACCGGCUCUAUGGCUUCAUACGGCUGCUCCAAUGUCCGACAUGAGCACUGCGGUGAAUGUCUUCUUCCGUGACCUAGAGCAGCAAGAGCAUUACUCGUCUGGACGAGACGUCUAUGGAAAUAAAGACCUGGAGGCCUAUGAGAGAGGGAGACAGGCUGUUGCUCGGAUUGCGAAGACUUUGCGGCCGUUACCGCCUGCUGCGAGGGAGUUUUAUCUCUCUCGAAUCCUCGACGAACUGCGGCUGGCUACCGAGGAGUAGAGCAUGGUCAAUACGAAUCAGACAGAAUUCAGCGUACACUGCUCAUCUUCUCUGACUGGCGUAUGAUUCAAGCACCGGUUACACGUGUGGGGGUUGGAAUAGCGUAGGCCAUGCACGCAAAUGUACUAGAUAUGUUUCCCUUCCUCCUCAUUCCACGAGCCAUUCUUCGAUAUUGACCCCGAUACCUCUCCCUAUGCCGCGUAUAAUCUCCCAUCCGAUAUUUAUCCUCCACUUACCAGACCUGUCCAUGAUAUCUCCGGUCCCCACUCGUAUAAGUAGUCUUAGACUGGCUAGGGUGGCCAAGCCCAUACCGAUAUCGCCAUCUAUGCCUGACGAGACAGCCAGUGGGAUCCAUUCUGUUCGUACUGCCUCGAAUAUCGCUAACAAGCGUUCUAAGAGAAAUGCAUGCGCUCCAAGUAAUUUACGAGAUAUCUUACGCUGUUUAUUUCGAUGAUUGGCCCGUGAGGAGUUGGGACCGGCACGCCGGCGCUUGCGACCGCUGUAAUGGGUGGAGAAUAUUGUUAAAUCAUGGCGGACAGUGUUAUGAGAGGCGAUAUAGGCUGAGAGCAAGAGUACUCGAGCGGUAGUCGGUAGCAAGGCUGUCAGUCCCGCGAGAGGUUGUGAGGUUGAGAUAGUUGAUGUCAGUGAUGAUUCGAAGUAUCGACUUGAAGGCUGCUUGCCAUUCCCGAUGCUUGUUUUAGAUGUUGAGACUCGGGACGAGAUAAUCUUGGGAUUUAGGAAGGCCUCAUCCUGAAAAAGGGGUCUGGCAGCAAUGAGCAGCUUCGAGAACUGGUGUGGCGUGUUUGUUCCGGCAACAAUGGGCGCUAUAAACCGCGGCCAAAGAGUAUGGCAGCUGUUUCUGAAAGAAGGCAACGACCGUCCAGCGGACUGAGCAAGAGAAUCAUAGACUGCAGCACAAAACUUUGUCCAUAG